GGCCUCCUUUAAAUAGUGCAUGAAAUUGAUCAGAUCUGGUACAUAUGGUGCAAUAUAGCAGGCGUUAGGACGUCUUUGUGUAUGUUUACAAAAUUAUGGCCACCACUCCUGGAAUUCUUACAGAUUGGCCUUGGAAGCCUCUUGGUAACUUCAAGUAUGUGAUUCUGGCCCCCUGGGCGAUACAUAGCACGUACUCAUUCAUAGUGACAGAAGAAAAUGAGAAAGACCUUGGCCACUUCCUCAUUUUCCCUUAUCUUCUACUACGGAUGCUUCACAACCAGAUUUGGAUUUCUCUUUCCCGCUACCAAACUGCCAAAGGCGCUAAGAGGAUUGUCGACAAAGGUAUCGAAUUCGAGCAGGUUGACAGAGAAAGGAAUUGGGAUGACCAGAUAUUGCUCAAUGGGUUAGUAUUGUACAUAGGCUACGUGGCAGUUUAUCCUCUGGGAGCAAAAGUACCACUUUGGAGAACAGACGGGGUUAUAAUCACAGCUCUUCUUCAUACUGGUCCAGUGGAGUUCCUCUACUACUGGUUUCAUAGAGCUUUGCACCACCAUUUCCUUUACAACCGCUACCAUUCCCACCACCACGCCUCCAUUGUCACUGAGCCAAUUACGUCUGUGAUUCAUCCAUUUGCUGAGCACAUAGUAUAUUACCUUCUCUUCACAAUACCUCUAUUGACCACGGUGUUUACAAGAACCGCCUCCAUUGCAUCUUUUGCUGGUUAUAUAUUUUACAUUGAUUUCAUGAACAAUAUGGGACACUGCAAUUUUGAGCUAGUUCCAAAGUCCCUCUUCUCCGUAUUUCCCAUCCUUAAGUUCUUCAUGUACACUCCAUCGUUUCACUCACUGCAUCACACCCAAUUUCGAAGCAAUUACUCACUGUUCAUGCCAAUUUAUGAUAUCAUUUAUGGGACAGUGGAUGAGUCGACGGAUGGCGUAUACAAAUCAUCAUUGGAAAGAGAAGAAGAGAGUGGAGAUGUGGUGCAUUUAACCCAUCUAACCACGCCAGACUCUAUCUAUCACUUGCGCCUUGGAUUGGCAUCAAUGGCUUCCAACCCUUUUAAUACUUCUUCCCCUUGUAAAUGGUAUCUCUGGCUGCUCUGGCCCCUCACUUGUUGGUUUGUCGUCAUCAUCAAUUGGAUCAAGGGCCGUGCGUUUAUUUCUGAGUCCAACUCUUUCAAAAACCUCAAAGUCCACUCUUGGGUCGUACCAAGAUACAAAUUACAAUAUCUAUUACCAUGGAGAAAAGAAGCUAUCAAUAAGUUGAUUGAAGAAGCAAUAUUGGAUGCCGAUAAGAAGGGAGUUAAGGUGUUAAGUCUAGGUCUUCUAAAUCAGGGUGAGGAACUUAAUAGAAAUGGUGAACUAUAUAUCAAAAGGAACCCUCAGCUGAAGAUAAAAGUGGUGGAUGGUAGUAGCUUAGCAAUGGCUGUUGUUCUGAACAGUAUUCCAAAAGGGACAACUAAGGUUCUCCUCCGAGGCAACCUUAACAAGGUUGCUUUUGCCAUUGCCAAUUCUUUAUGUCAAAGGGGCAUUGAGGUGGCAACAAUUAAUAGGGAGGAGUCCAUGCAGAAGCUAAAAGAAGAGCUUGGUCCACAGCAUACCAGCAGUUUGGUCCUUUCAACAAAUUAUGCUGAAAAGAUAUGGUUGGUGGGAGAUGGAUGGAAUGAAGAAGAGCAAAUGAUGGCAAAGAAAGGAACAAUAUUCAUUCCAUUCUCUCAGUUUCCUCCAAAGAAAUUGCGCGAAGACUGCUUCUAUUUCACCACUCCUGCGAUGGUAACUCCAUCUUCAUUAAAAAACAUGCACUCUUGUGAGAAUUGGUUGCCAAGAAGAGUGAUGAGUGCCUGGCGCAUAGCUGGGAUACUGCAUGUUUUAGAAGGGUGGAAUAUAAAUGAGUGUGGGGACACCAUCUUCAACAUUGACCAAGUUUGGCGAGCAAGCAUUCAACAUGGCUUUCAUCCUUUGGACGAACAAAUUAUAAAUAAGUCUUGAUUAAUUUCUAUUCAUAAUUUAUAUUUAUAUACUUGAACAAAUUAUAAAUAAGUCUUAAUUAAUUUCUAUUCAUAAUUUCUAUUUAUAUAUAUGCUUGCAUAUUAUACUGUGAUAUGUAUACCAUAAUUAUUAGUUUACUACGUGCUUUUAGUAAUUUUUGAGCUGUUGAAGACUCUACAAGUUGUAAGGGGAUCAAAAUUAUAUAAAUUAAUCAAUGUCCUUUCAAAUUUGAUGAA